CCCCUCCCUACGCAACCCGGAAGUAAAACAUCCUUUUGAUAGGAUGCGAAUUUGCCUCUUUCAACCCGCAACGCUAAUCACCGACACUAUUUAAACAACAUAAACCGACACAAUGCCAUUAUUUGACGGGCUGGGCAGCGGAGGAGAGAAGACUGCCAUCGUUAUUGACUUAGGAGCCGCGUACACGAAAUGUGGCUUUGCAGGGGAAACGGGGCCCAGGUUCAUAAUUCCCAGCGAGAUCCGGAAACCCGGACAGCAGCAGGCCGUCAAAGUGGUUCAGUACAACAUCAACACAGAAGAGCUUUAUGUCAUCCUCAAAGAGUUUAUCCAUUUGCUGUACUUCAGGCACCUGCUGGUGAAUCCUCGCGACAGAAGAGUGGUCAUCAUAGAGUCCAUCCUCUGCCCGUCUCACUUCAGGGAGACGCUCACCAAGGUUUUCUUCAAACAGUUUGAGGUGCCGUCUGUGCUUUUUGCACCAAGUCACCUCAUGGCCAUCAUGACUUUGGGUAUCAACUCUGCUCUGGUGAUGGACUGUGGCCACACAGAGACGCUGGUGUUACCUGUUUAUGAGUGCACUCCUAUUCUGCCAGCUUGGGAGGCUUUGCCUUUGGGAGGGAAAGCCAUCCAUAAGGAAUUAGAUGGACUUCUUGUGGAACAAUGCACUGUGGACACGGACACCACCACGGGGCAGAGUGUAGCAGCUGCCAUUGGGACCAUCCCAGAGGAGACUGUAGAAGACAUCAAGGUCAGAACAUGUUUUGUCAGCGACCUGCAGAGAGGCCUCAAGAUCCAGGAAGCCAAAUUUAACCUGGACGGCACAGCUGAACGUCCAGCCCCUCCUCCAGAUGUUGAUUACCCUCUGGAUGGUGAGAAAAUCCUGCACGUCCAAGGAUCAAUCAGGGAUUCUCUGAUGGAAAUCCUGUUUGAACAGGACAAUGAAGAGAAGAGCGUGGCCUCUCUGAUACUUGAUGCUCUGGUCAAGUGCCCCAUUGACACACGUAAGGUGCUCUCAGAGAACCUGGUGGUGAUCGGAGGCACCGCCAUGCUGCCCGGUUUCCUGCACCGUCUGCUGGCUGAGAUACGCCUCCUUGUGGAGAAACCCAAGUACAGCAGCGUGCUGGCCAGCAAGAGCUUGCGUAUACACGCUCCACCCGCCAAACCCAACUGCACCGCCUGGCUCGGAGGUGCUAUCUUCGGGGCGCUGCAGGACGUCCUGGGCAGCAGGUCAGUUUCACGAGACUACUACAACCAGACGGGCCGCAUUCCAGACUGGUGCUGCCUGAGCUCCCCUCCUCCUGAAUCUCUGUACGAAGCAGGAAAGACGCCUCCUCCACUAAUGAAGAGAGCCUUCUCCACAGAGAAGUAGAAUGUGAUAAUUCAGAUAAUGUACUCUUCUUUACUCUACGUUGUAAAACAGUUAAGUUAUCUUAAAUGUAACAUCUCAACAAGUCUUGUAAAAUGUCUUGAACACACAAACAGCUCUAGAUGUUUUUAAGUCUAGUAGACACACUACGUAUUUGUGUGCCACGACUGUGGACUGUUUGAUGAUCAGGUGAGAUGAUUCCUGACCCCGCCAGACGGAAAAAAUAUUGGUAUUCAAGGCGUUUACAUUGAUAUUCUACAAGGAUCACAGUGUUAGAAUUUCAAAAUAUGUCCUGUGCUACAUGCGUCUUUGACUUCAGAUUCAUUUGAAGCCUCAUUGAGCAAGACUGAACCCAUACGGUGCCCGCUCUCACUCCACUUUGUUCUGCAUUUUAUUGGCAUUUCAUCUGAAAAAAAUUGGGUUCAGCAGGAAUGUUUCAGAUGUUUACCAAAUUGAGAGUUAGUCAGCCAAAAAGCUGAUAAUGUUGCUUAACUUUGGAGUGCGCAGAUGUUAUUCCAUGCAGAUCUGACUGUGAUUCGGGUUUAUUAGACGUUAAUGUUUCAUGAAGUCCCCCCCCCCAAAAAAAUACCUUCACGUAUUUAUUAUAUGUCAGUGUAAAGUGUUUGUUGAACUUAAUAAAUGCCCCGUACACUCACACAGCUGUUCUCAAUUAUUCCAACGAAUACCAAUAACUUUACUCAUCUUUAAUUGGUAGCACAUGCAUAGACUGUAUAUAAGAAACAAAUGUGACAGGAAGGUUGGAUAUGUUUCUUCUGUUUAUUGUUUUUUUGGUUAACCUUUAUUAAACCAGGCAACUCAUUAAAAACAAUCAAGCUAAGUCAUUGAAAUCACCUGUGUGUUUCCAUGGUACUUAUUGUUUACAGGCUUUAAAACAUCUUCCAAAUAAUGCAGUCUUGCUUUGUAACCUUUAAAGCCAACUAUUACAAUAAAUAAAUAUU